GAUGAAAAGAAAGGAAAGUUGAUUUACUCUGGAAUUCUCACAAAACCAGUGAAAGGAGCCAAGAUAUUUUCCUUGUCAACUAGUAUGAUUGGACUGGGAAUGCUUCCUUUUAUUGUGUUUUCCUUAAAGGAUGAUAUGUAUAGUAAAAUUGUGACUGCUGCAACAUUUUCUGGAUUUAUUAUUAUUACACCAAUUUUGAUGCAUUUUAUAACCAAGAAAUAUAUAAUAUCAAUUUAUUAUGAUGAAGAAACCAAGAUAUUUACUGCCACAUCAUUUUCAUUAUUUGUGAGGAGAAAGGAUCAUAUUUUUACUGCUAAGGAUGUAGACCUUAAUCCUGGUGCUUUUUCUAGUAUCAAAGUCAAAGGGUUUCCUUUAUUGUUAGAUGAAAGUAGAUUUUUUGAUCAAUCUUAUUGUUAUGAAAUUAUGAGUCUUGAUAAACCUAUUACAGAUUUU